AUCUUGUGUCAGUUUACUGCUUCAAGUCAACUGAAUUUAGAUUUACAAUUAGAGAGCAAAAUUGAUCUCACAAAUUUUGUUGUAGUGCAUUUUUGCUAGUGUGAAUUCAUGAAUAACUCUUCUCAGCUGGCGAGUUUCUUCUUCCUCAUCUUCAUCAUAGCGUUCAUACACGAAUCAUCCAGCUCAGCGAUCAUCAAUCCAUCUAAGUCCAAGCAAAUUUCAUGGAAACCUAGAGCUUUUGUAUAUGAAGGAUUUCUUACGGAUGAAGAAUGCAAUCACUUGAUAUCACUCGCGAAAUCGGAGUUGAAGAGAUCUGCUGUGGCAGAUAAUGAGUCUGGAAAGAGUAAGCACAGUGAGGUUAGGACCAGCUCUGGAAUGUUCAUUUCCAAAGCUAAGGAUCCUAUUGUCUCAGGGAUAGAGGAUAAGAUAGCAACUUGGACCUUUCUACCCAAAGAAAAUGGAGAAGAAAUACAAGUACUACGAUAUGAGGAGGGGCAGAAAUAUGAGCCGCACUAUGAUUACUUUGUAGACAAUGUUAAUAUUGCUCGAGGUGGACACAGGUUUGCCACUGUACUUAUGUAUCUCACAGAUGUUGAAAAGGGAGGUGAGACUGUCUUCCCAAAAGCAGAGGAAUCUCAUCGACGUAGGUCAAUGGCAGCGGAUGACAGUUUGUCUGAAUGUGCAAAGAAGGGCAUAGCAGUGAAGCCACGGAAAGGAGAUGCCCUGCUUUUCUAUAGUCUCCAUCCAAAUGCCACUCCUGAUCCUAUUAGCCUCCAUGGUGGGUGCCCUGUACUUCAAGGUGAGAAAUGGUCAGCAACAAAGUGGAUUCAUGUGGAUUCCUUUGACAAAACUGUGGGUAUCGAUGGAAAUUGCACCAAUGCUGAUGAGAAUUGUGAGAGAUGGGCUGCUCUUGGCGAAUGCACCAAGAAUCCAGAGUAUAUGUUGGGAAGUGCAGGCCUUCCAGGAUAUUGUAGGAAGAGCUGCAAAGCAUGUUAAAUCAGUAUGCUUCUCUCUCCCACUAAAUUAGUGUCCAGAGUCGAGACAGUGACAGUACUUUGGUUUAGUUGUUUGUAUUGUAUGUUCUCAAUCCAAAACAAGUUUUCUUCAACUUCCUCUUUUCCUUUUCGCCUGCUUGGCUUAUUGACGUUUGUGCAUCACAUUGCAUAUUC